AUGUCUCAAGCUGUCCCCCCAUCAUGGAAGGAUCUCGGUAAAUCCUCCUCCGACCUCCUCCUCAAGGAUUACCCCAUCCAAGGUACUUCCCUCGAGGUCAAGACCCUCACCCCAUCCAACGUCGCCUUCAAGGUCGCUGGUAUCAAAGAUGAUAAAUCCGGUGCUAUCAACGGUGAUAUCGAGGGUAAAUACACCGACUUCAAGAACGGUUUGACCUUCACCCAAGCUUGGACCACCACCAACCUCCUCAGAACUCAACUCGAGCUCGAGAACCAAAUUGCCAAGGGUCUCAAACUUGACCUUGCUACCACCCUCAACCCAGCCAAGGCCUCCAAGUCUGCCAUCUUGACCGCUAUCUACAAGCAACCUUCUCUCCACACCAGAGCUACCGUUGAUCUCUUCAAGGGCCCAACCUUCACCGCUGACACCGUUGUCGGUCGAGAUGGAUUCCUCGUCGGUGCUGAGGCUUCUUACGAUGUCCUCUCCGGUGCUAUCACCCGAUACGCUGGUGCCGUAGGAUUCUCUGCCCCAGAGUACGCCAUCACCCUCCACGGUCUCGGUAACCUCUCCACCUUCGCUGCCUCAUACUACCACAAGGUCUCCAAGGACGUUGAGGCCGGUGCCAAGGCUAGCUAA